AUGAAUCUCCCCAAGGACCCAACUCACACAAGAAUUCAUGUCCAAAAUAAUAGCAAUCCCAACCUCAGGAAGAAAGGAACUUGGUUCUCCAACUGCUAUCACUACAAGAGCAUGGAAGUAGAUCUUGCCAUGGGCAGUGAAUUAGGAGCAGACACCACCAAGAAAGCAGCAGUGCACAGACUCCAUCAAAGUGCCAGAGAAGUUUUUGGAAGGGACGAAUACAGACUUAAGGCAUCUUCAACUCCAAUUGAGUCAGCAACAUUGGUAAAACCAGGUGGAGUUUUCAUCAUGGCAAUUGGCAGAAUUAGAGGAGCAGUGUUAGAAAUGGGAGAGGACAAGUUUGGCAGAUGGGUAUUUGCGAAAUUCAGAAAGCCUGGAAUGUCACCAAUCACAGUGAUAUCAACAUACCAAGUUGUUAAGGGCAACCCCACAGGAGCCAGUGUUGGCGAGACGACAUACAAAAAGCAAUUGCACAGCUGCUACAUCAGAGAUGGCAGACAUGCACCUCACAAACUGCGGCACCAUCACAGCAGGGACUUGAUUCAGUUUGUGAAAUCUUGCCAACUCCAAGGGGAGCUAGUAGUUGUGGGAGGAGACCUCAAUGAGACAUGGGGAGAGAGUCCAGAUGGAAUGACCAAACUCUGCACAGUUCAAAACUGUGGAUAUCAGCCCUUCAAAAUUCACAUCUUGAGUGAUCACAGGGGACUCUUCCUUGAUGUCGACACAAAAGCCUUUUUCGGUUCCAAAAUCAAUACUCUAGCCCCUAUGCCCAUCAGAGAUCUUUCCACCAAGACCAAGCUGCACCAAAUCCCAGAAUACUUUUAUAUGAAAGACAAACACUUACUUGAUCACCGAUGGCGCAACAAACUCCCAACACUGAGGGGAGCCAUGAACAUCCACCAACCCAACCACCAUCUAGCAGAAGACCUGUACAACAGACUGGUCAGCUCAAGCAGCUAUGGGGGGAGCAGAGUCAAAACCUACGCGCCAGCCCCUUACAGCCCAGAAUUGGCUAGACUCAGAAACAUCCACACAAUACUGAAACUGGCAGUCAGUCAAUUCAACAGCCAAUAUGACUUGGAGAAUAACAUAGAAACAUAUAGAUCUCAAUUGGGCUCAAUCGGCUUCACUCUCCCAGCUACCAAACGAGAGUGCCAAAAGAAACUGAAACAAAUUGACAAGCAAUUCAAAGCAGCAGUGAAAGAGGAAAUCAGAACCAAGAAGCUGCGUAGAGCUCACCAACAGCGCAUGAUCCAACAACAUGAAGCCAAAGGCAAUUCGAAAGCAGCCAAGAGGAUUCGGGGAAUGCGAAGAGCAGAGAAAGUCUCCAAUGUCUUCCGAAAAAUUGACAACAUCCGGAAUCCAGAAAAGCAAGGAGGGCUGUCGUACCUAUUAGUACCAGAGGACCCAGCAGAAGAUCCCAAAACAUGUCAGAACUGGAAACGGGAGGAUGCUCCGGAGGGGCAUGCCACACAGCAGAAGCCAUUCUAG